AUAUGAAUCCCCAGUGCUCGAAUCUCGUCUAGAAAGAACAGCCGUGCGCAUUACCUUUUUUUCUCUUCCAUCCCAUGGCGCGCAAAGCCGGGGCUGGGUCACAAUGCGGACCUGGUGGACUGAUUACAACUUCAUCGCACCCGGCCAGAUCGCGAUGCACGCCAAAGCUUCUGAUCCGAGGAGCUCCUAAUUGGCGGGAUCUGUCCCGACCUCUGCGUCUCUCUGCUGCAUGCUCUUCUUGUUCUCCCAUGAGGCGACGUACGUCCCAGACUUCGAACUGGAUGGUAUAAGGCUGGCUCCCUGUCGUCAUGUCCAAACCCCCCUCAGACGACAUGCAAGACCAGCCCUCCAGAGACCAGCCGCCGCUCCGCCCACUUUUACCCGCUCCUGCGGGCGCACACAAAGAGGCCCAUUCACGCAGACCUGUGCGUGUCAACGCGUGUGAGGUAUGCCGAACACGUAAGUCGAAGUGUGAUGGUGUGCGACCACGUUGCAGCGCCUGCGUCGCCCGCGACACUGACUGCCGCUAUGGCGAGACUGAGGCCCGCCAGAUCAGACGCAGGUACCAGGAGCUCAAGUUGAAGCGAACCGCUGAAGAGGAGCUGUUUUACAUGUUGCAGACUAUGAACGAGCAAGAUGCGGGUGACGUCUUUCGUCGCAUACGGACUGGCGCCAAGGCUGAAUCCCUCGUUCGUCACAUUCAAGAGAGCAGUCUCGUCCUGGGCCUCUCUUUAGCUCCGGAGACGCACACACGAUACGAGUUCCCCUACCUCGCUACCAUACCUCCAGCUCUCCAGGAGAGUAUUUACUUUCGUUCCCACAUUUUCGAUGCCCUCCAAGCUUUGGACCAGGCACCAGACAUGCCUCAUGCGAAUCUCGUCGCGCGCCAAAGCAACUACAGCAAGCCACUCUUCGCCGCUGAGAUGGCCGAUCCAUUGCUAUCCGACGUCAAACCCUCGCAGUGGACCGCAGUCAGUACCAAUGAUUCACUGAUGCGCAAACUGCUCGAGGGAUACUUCAUGUUCGAGUACCCGUGGGAGUUCAUCUUCCACAAGGACUAUUUCCUUGAGGACAUGGCAUCUGGCGGGACCAAGUUUUGUUCGCCGCUGUUGGUGAAUGCGCUUCUGGCAAAAGCGUGUGUGGACACUCUGACCUACCGCUUCCUCGCAGAAGCCAAGAGGCUGUGGGAGCUCGAGGACGAAACGCCGAAACUGACUACAGUUCAUGCAGGUUGUCUCAUUAACGCUGCCAUGGACGUCAACGGUCACGACAGGCCGGGCAUUGCUUAUGCACGACAAGCUCUCAGUAUGGCGCACGAGCUGGGCGUAUUUCGCGCGCCUUUGAUCGGUGACCCAAAGCUCAAUGAUGCGAAGGUUUUCACCGCGUGGGGGGUAUCCACAUGGCUGACCGAGAUCUGGCUGCGUUACCCUUCGGACGAGCUGCUGUAUCCACUAGGGUUUGGCUAUACCAUGAAAGCUCUGAGUGAGCUGCGCAUAAUCAUGAGAGACAUAUGCGCAGUCAGUUUCAUUGGUAAUGAGGCACCGCAAAAGAUGCCCUGGAGCCAGGUUUUGGCCUAUCAGAGGCGACUACAGGCUUGCUGCGAAUUCUAUGGCGCCAUAAUCAUGCUUUUUGAUGCGCAACUGUCCCCGUUACAGAACGAUGGGAGCCCCCUGACAGAGACCCAAAUCACCAUAGCCAAGGAGAUCACUGCGCAAGCAACAGCUCAGCUAGAGAGUCUGCUACGCAUAUACUAUCUCCGCCAUGGUUUCGAGGCCUACGAUUCAAUGCUGAUUGUUCAUCUGGUCCACCUUGCCAACGUUACCCUUACGCGCAUAACGUCCAUCGAACGGAACCCGGACAUGAAUGCAACCUCCACUGAAGAGAUCGAGACUCUACGCUCGACCCUCAUAUUAUGUCUGAAAGGCCUCCACGAUCAGUCCAAAAACUUCUUUCUAUCCGGCGUAGUGUUCGAUGUCAUGAAGAACCGUCUUAGCGCCGAGAAUCGUAACCUGGUCGGCAAAUUCGUGGCCUUGCAGGAUCCCGACAAGGAUCAAAGAGAACUUCAUAGAUCGCAGAGGAUUAUAUCUGACUAUGUCAUCCCAAUCGUAAAUCUCAACGAAGACCCAGAGGCUGGGAGAUUGGUCAACAUGGUACAAGAGUUCAGCCGAAUGUCGCAAAUUGGGUGA